CCUCUAAUAAUAAAAGCCCAAAGUAGGCCUGAAUGUUCAUUCAAACAUAAAGGAGGAGAAUACACACUAGCACCUCCCACGCACGCCUCUAUUGAGCCAACCUUCACUCUGCUCUAAGCUUGAGGACCCGAAGGUAAACUUUGAAAGGACUGCUGAAAAGUUAAUAGUAACUUAUUAUAGUCGUUCAAUAAAAUAAUAGUUCAAAAAUGAACGACAUGAAGUCUGAAUCUGAAGCAGUGGAUUGAAGUCUUCAGUGUGACGCACAACGCGAAAUCCAAAUGGACAGGACGCGCAGGUUCAUUUUGGGAUUAAUAACAGCUGUUGUCCUAUGCAAAUAUUCCCAGGCUGAAUGGAAUACCACAAAAGCACCAGCGAAUAUGACUGUGUCCUGCGGUCACCAUGACAACAGCAGCAACUGCACAGAUUCAAAAGAUGACCACACUUGGGGUGGGCACUUCUCGAAGUGUCCAAAAGAAUACCAGCAUUACUGUAUCCAAGGCGUUUGCCGUUUUGUGAAGGAGCAGAACACUCCUUCAUGCAGAUGUGAAACAGGAUAUAUUGGGACUAGGUGUGAAUAUCUUGAUCUUGGUUUUCAUGUGGGAGAACGAAGAAAAAUAGUCAUCGCAUGUGUGGUCGCAGGAUUGGUCUUUCUGAUUCUGCUCAUCGUCUUCAUAUGUGUCUGUACACAUAAACGAUAUAAACCAUGUAGAAAGAAGAAGAGGAAAAAGGAAACAAGUGAUGAAGAGGCGAAACUCAGUUCACUAAACACACACGAAGCUUCAGCUGCACCAGUUGACACAUCUGACACUAAUGCUGUAUGAAUGAAGUGAUCCUGCCAGGGUUGGUAAUGGCCAGGAAACGUGGACUUGCCGAGUGAUGAUAGCAGUGUUUUACAGCAAUCCUGCGUGUACUUUAAAAGAAUUUGGGAGAUAUGGUAUGCCAGGCAACCUUUGCCAUUCUGUGUGCUACUGUUUACCUCAUUCUUCAUGCCACAAAUGAUUUUCACACUUUGUAAGAAAAAGUGUAGAUGAACUGAACAAAUAUGCCUUCAGAGUGGCUACAAUGACAAAGUGUAUCAUAAUUCAAAUAUAUUAAAAGGUGCCGUGCAAUAUGCUGAAUGCAAACAAAGCCUAUCCAUGUUGGUUUAGAUAUAGGCCUAUUUGUAUUGCAUAUGAAGCACAGAAUAUUGAAAAAAGUUUCUGUAUAAUAAUAAAGUGAAAAUUAAAUAAUAAAUUGUCAUAUUGACAGUUUCAACUGUUUCUGGAAGUAGUUCUCCUGACAUUGACGGACCAAAAUCUACUCUUAACAUUGAUUUAUUUAUUAACAUGUAAAUAGAAAAGGUUUGCUUUCUUUGAUUUUAAAAGAAUAUAUUAAGUACAUUUUGGAGAAAAAUUACCAUGUAUAAUGUAUUUUUGUUUUCUUUAUUGAGCUUUUUUGACAGAGAAGUAUUAGCCAUAAUAAAUAAACAAAUAAUGUUUUGCAAUCAUAUGUUUGGUCAAAAAUAUUUAGUGACAACAAACAUUUUUUUUUUUUUAUGAAAAAUUAGAAUAACUUUAUAUAUUUGUGUUUUGUUAAGUACAGUUUGGAAAGAUUUAAUUUGUUGAUGGUGUAAAGUUAGAUGUAUGUUGCACAUGCUGUUCAGAUUUAUAUUGUAAGUACUUAACGUUUUUGAGAUUUUCUUUAAAUGCAAAGCUGUAUUUACUUUAUACCAUACAAUGUCUUUAUAAAGUAAUUCAUGUGAGUAUUUUUAUUUCUUUAAUGUUAUAUUACACAAGAAAGUUUGAUUUUCAUGGGUUUUAAGAGAUGGAUUUUUGUGAUAUGAAAAUGCUUGCAUUAUGUUCUGUAAACACGGUGAAUAUGGCACAUAAGCUGAUUAUUUUUCACACCAAGGUGGAAAAUGUCCAUGGAAUGUGCAAAGGUGCUUAGUUAGAAUAAACUAUCUACCAACCCUGCUUCCAA